GUUAUGUGGACGGUCAUCUGGACUGUAGGAAAAAAGCUAUAAUUAUUACAAAAUAACUAAAUAUCAAUGUAAUUACUCUGCCGAGUACUACCGUUAUUAUCUUCAUAUUUCCUUUUCCUGCUGUACCGUUACCGAAUUUCAGUAUUUACAUAAUCGAACAUAAACUGAUUUAUUUAAGCAUUCCAUUCCGAACUAAUAGAGAGAUAAAAGUAUUUGGUUAAUGGAAUUCCCGGAUGAUAAAACAACCGCUUUUCUAAUAUUACAUACUUGUCCAAGUGGAGAUCAAGAAAACUAUCAGUUGAUUUCGAUAUUUGAGGAUGCUGUGUUUUAUUUACUAUUAAAUUACCUAAUUCUAACGUAUAUACAUAUGUUCGGAGAUACGUACCGAAGAUACGAAGUUGAGAAAGUCGGAGGGUAAUUUUCACGGAUCGAUGAAAUUCGAUUGCCUGGAGGUCGGCGCGCGCGAGGGAGAUGCUAAACCGGCGGUUCGUUGCGCAUCGACGCUUCGUCUUCGCUGGAAACGCUUUUACACUCUCGGACGUUGGCGUUCGGAGGCGUUUGCCACCCGGAAACGAUCUCUAACAACAUGUCAAUGAAGGAAGCAAGUCUUUCUUAAAUUCGUCGCGCAACGUGCAACGAACGCGCAGGUGUAAAUGUAGUACAGUGUUGAAGCGGACGAGCGAUUGGAGAGCAAGGGGGAAGAUGUCGAGCGAGGAAGAAGCAAGAGCGACGAAGGGAACGAGAGAAGCAGCGGACGAAAGGAAAGACGCCACUGAAGAGGACCUUCAGAUAUUCGAAACGCUUUGUAUAUCAUCGCCUCGAAAGAUCGUUCACGAAGGAGCCAUGACCCAUGAUCUAACGACUGCGUUAAGAAGCGAGCUGGCGGCUCUCGAGUAUAAACGCGACAGAUUGAUGUCCGAGCUUCAAGAAACAAAGAAUCUUGUGAGGUCUCGGGAUCAACGAAUAGUGGAGUUGCAGAUAGAGGCGGAACAACUUCGUGAACAAGCAGCCAGACAGAAUGCCAUUGUUUUAAGCUUAAAAGAACGCAUACAGGAACUGGAAGAACGCGAGAGGAAUCUUUACGCGACUCAGGGAAGAAACGAGAGCGUGCUGCAGGGCCUGCAACGAGACUUGAAGUAUCACCAGGAGAAAAAUCGGGAAUACGAGAAGAAGAUACGCCAACUGGAGCAGACCGUGUCGGAGGAGGUUGAAUCGAGAGAGCGGGCCCGUUCGAGUUUACAGGAGUUCGCGCGGAAACUGGCGAACGCUCUGAGCGUCGAGUAUCGCGAAACCGUUCAUCCUAGUCCCGAGAUCGUGAUCCACAAAGUCGAGGAGCUGGUGCAAGAGGCGAGCCGCGUUCGCACGAAGAAUACGAACGUCGAGGCGCAACUGACAACCGUUGAGGUCGACUUCAGAAGCUGUCGAGACGCUUUGGACCGUGUUGUAGCCGAGAAGGAGCAACUUCAGCGGCAGGUGUCCUCGCAGUUGGUCGAUUUGGAUCGUCUCAGACAGGACAAAGAAUGCGUCGAGAUGCGGUGCAGAGUGGCGGAUAGAGAGGUAAACGAGCUGAGGGACAAGCUGUUAAACGCGAACAGGAGCAUCAGCAGCGCGACUGGAAACAUAUCGAAUCAAGAAGCGUUGAUUGGACAGUUACGAGAAGAUCUAAUGCAACGGGACGAGAAGUGUCAGCGCGUGCAAACCGAGUUGCGACACCUCUUGGAAUCGUUGGCGAUGCUUGUCAACGGGCCGAACAGAUUCAUCGAGUCCCACGAGAACGUCAUUAAGGAUCGCAUUAGAGAGAUCUUGGCCGAGAACAAGGAUCAGGCUCUUAUGAUUCAAAAGCUCCGAGAGAAAGUAAACACGGCGACAGAAUCGACGACCAGACAGAGCGAAUUGAUCGACACAACGGUGGCGAAGAUGCGAAAUCUGGAGGACGAACGAUCCGAGCUGCAAAGUAAAGUUCGCAAAUUGGAGGCCGAGUUGGCGGAUUGCGAGCUCUCGAAGGAAUCUUUGCGCAGAGAGAAGCAAACGUUGGUAACGUUUUUGGACCGGUUAGGGAAAGCGAUGCAGAUGGACGAGAUCUCGGAGGAGAUGGGGCUGGAUCUUCAAACGGAAUCGCUUUUGGUACGCGCCGAACAACUCGCCCGAUUAGAAACCGACAAACUGGUGGACAAGUACUCGUGCGGCAACUACACCAUCUUACCGAGGAUACGACGCGAGCGAUCCUUCCACGAGCUUCCUUCUAUGAAAGAAACCUCGGUGGUGUAUCAGCUGCAACGCCGCGUGAGAACACUUAGGGAACAAUUGCAACGCAGGGAUCUUCACUUGGAUCUCCUUCGUAGGAAAUUGUCGCUUCAAGAGGACAGCGUUAAGAUGAAAUCGCUUCUGCAAAGUGAAAGGGACGAGGCGAAUCUUCGAGCGAAGAAACUGUCGAAACAAAUCGAUCGCCUGCAGGCUCAACUUCUGGAGGAGAGAUCGAGGAACCGCGAGUUAAGCGCGCAAUUGACGGAAGCCGCGGAUUACAAAAUAGCUGCUUUGGAACGCAGCCGGAAGAUAGAAGAAGUUCAGAAACGAUUGGUGGAAAGCGAGAUGCUGAGGACGCGAUGCAACCGAAAGUUAACACUGUUGAAGGAGCAAAUCAGAAGUACGACUGAGACUGCCGAACAGGAGAGGUCUAUCAGUGAUCACUCGCUGCAAUUGCUCAGGGACGAGAUGGCGCAGGUCAAGCAGAAUCUUUCCGAGCUGACGAAAAGAGAGUCGCAACUGCAAAGUUUCCGUGUUUCCGUGGUGAAAUUACUGUCGGAGCCGAUCUGCACACCCGAUUACGAAAUAAUUUCGCGGCUACAGAAAAUCGUGGCCGCGCACCGUGACUUCACCAUGCUUUCGCGCAGAUACGACGAGCCAUUGGACACGACCAGUCCUUCCAGAUGCACCAGCAUACACGCGAUGCACCCGCCCAGAUCGCCAGGGUCACGAUGCGCCCGUUACGAAGACAGCGGUUUCGCGGAUCCGCCAGAUCUUCGCGACGUCGAGGACGAAUUCAACAAACGUCCUGUACGGAGCAGCCUUCUUCCGUGACGAUUGCGCCGAUCGACGCAGUUACCACGCUAAGCGGCGCGUGCACACGUGCAAAAGUGCAUCCACGAUCAGAAACGAAAAAAGAGAGGAGAGAGAAAAAAAGGAAGAGAAAAGAAACCACGGGGGAUA